AUGGCUAAGAAGGGGGCAAAGAACAAAGACAAAGAUACCAAGGCCAAGGGUGGCAAGGGAAAAGCAUCGAAAAAGCAACAAAAACAAAAACAGGAAGAGGAGGAAGAGAAGGUUCAGACCGAGCAGCAAGGUCAACAGCCUGAAGAUGAUGAUCAAAGCACACCGGUAGAACCGGAACAAGCUCAGGCACAAACCGAAGAGCCGGUCGAGAAACCUGAGGAAGCCUCGAGGCCUGAUGAGGCAGAACAGCCUGUUGAAGGCUCAAAGCUGGAGGAAGAACCGAAACCGGAGGCAGAGGUAAUACCCGAAGAGCCAAAGGUCGAGGAGGAACCUAAAGCUGAAGAACCAAAUGUCGAAAAGGAACCAAGCUCUGAAGAGCCCAAGCUUGAAGAGGAGGCUAAGGUCGAGGAGGUGACGGCUGAGGAACCCAAGGUUGAAGAUGAGCCUGCAGUUGAAGAAUCACCAUUAGCCGAUGAUAUACCCCUGGUUGAGGAAGUACCUUCAACAGAAGAAGCUGCUCAGGUUGAAGAUGCACCUCCCGCUGAGGAAAUUCCACUAGUUUCAGCUGAGGAAACACCUCUUGUCGAGGACACGCCACUGACCGAAGAAACACCUGCCACUGAGGAAGCACCGCUUGUCGAGGUCACACCAUCGCCCGAAGAAACACCAGCCACUGAGGAAGCACCACUUGUCGAAGACACACCAUUGGCCGAAGAAACACCAGCCACUGAGGACACUCCAAUUCCUGAAGAUGAGCUUAAAGCCGAAGGCGAAGUUAAGAUAGAUGAAGUACCUCAAGUGGAAGAACAGGUUGCCGAGGAAGUACCAAAGGCUGAAGACCAACCAGAUGUAGUCGAGGAGCCAAAGCUCGACGAACCUCAACCGGCUGAAGAGAUUGUUCCUGUUGAGGAGACUGUUCCUGUUGAGCAAGUAAGCCCCGAAGAUACUACGCUCGAAGAACCAACGCCUCAAGUGACCGAACCAGAAGCUGAGGAGAAGUUCGAAGAGGCAACACUUGAACCGGAGGCAGAGCUAGACGAAGACAAAUUUGAAGAAGCAAUACUAGAGCAGGAGGUAAAGCCGGAGGAAGAAGUGGUUUCAGAUGCCGGCCCACUACCGGAACAGGCUCAGCCAGAAGAAGACAAACAACCUGAACAAGUCACUGAGCCAGUGAAAGAAGAUGAAAGAGCGUGGGAUGAACAAGAGCAAGAAGAGCAAGAAACUGUCAUUGAGGCUCCUAUUACACAAAAAUCACCUUCUCCAUCUCCAGCUCCCUCGCAAGCCCAGUCUUCUCACUCGAAAAGCCCAUCCAAACCUCCUUCAAUCAUCCAGAGCCUCCCUCCGCUGCCAAGGUCUAUUACUUCUACACCAUCAAACUUGAGCUUGAGCCAAGCUUUCCCAUCUCCAAAGCUCUCCUCAUCAGGCAGUCAAAGCAAGCUUGGAAGAAAGGCCACCAGCACGGUUGCAGGGGAUGAAUUCCAAGAAGCCGAAGAAGUAGUCCCUACACUCACCACCAAUACUUCACAUAAAGGUCGAUCGGCUUCACCUCGGUCUCAGUAUGAUGUAACUGACAGUGACUACCAAACUGCCUACGGAUCUGCCAAAACACCAACCACCAGGGCAGUAUCGAACGGAGCUUAUUCACCCUCAGACGUCCCAUUGCCUUCACCUUCUGUAUCAGAAGCGAGGACAAAAUCUGCUUCUCCCCCAGGGCCUUCUUAUGAAUACACCCACCAGCCGCAGCCAAUACCUGCAGCAGCACCACACUUCGCCUAUCCCUAUCCCUACGCCCAUCUAUACCAGCAAAACUCCAACUACCCCAGCAGCCCGGUCAUGGAACAGACGCCAGCAAAUGUGGCUACUCCCCAGUACUCACCUGUCAUGCACCCUUCUCCACAGCCCAACUAUGCAACUUCUUUCGGCCAGCAGCAAGGAAGGAGGCCCAGUCGAUCAUCGAGAAGCCAAUAUGACUACUAUUUCGGAAACACUUCUCAAUACCGUUCUGCUCGGGAGUCAAUGUCUCAGCCUACCGAGAAUGGAAAACCGCACUUGAACGGUGAACGAGAUCUUGCUGAUACGGUCAAUCUUUUGCACCGCAUACAGAACGUUAUCCCCGAUCUUAACAAGCUUGUUGUCAGCUAUCGUGAGGCACAGAGCCAAUUGUCUGCCCGGGAAGCAGAAAACAAGCAGAUCGAGGCCCAGCAUGAACAGGCACUCCUCCACAAAGAAUACUAUAUUGAAGCGUUGCAGAACCAGAUGAGAAAGGUUGCCAACGAACAUGCAGAGGAAUGCUCAAAAUUGAAGGGUAAGAUAGGCGCCCUUGGAGUUGAACUCAGCGAUCUGCAAGAGAGAAACAGAAAUACAGAGGAUACCCUGGUUGAGACUCAAAAGGCAAGGGAUGAGCUGCUGCGUGCCCGAGACGAACUGGAGCGCGAAGUUGAUCAAAUCCAGAAAGAGAUCGAAGCAGCCCGUGAAGCACAUGAGCGUGAAAUUAUCAGGCUCAGAAUGGAGGCCGAGAAGUCAGAAGAAAAAGCACUUGCUGAGCAGAAGGAAAGACUAGAAGAUCUCUUCCAGGAAAUCAAGAACGAAGACGACAGGCUUGCUGCCGAACAUCUCAAGGCUCGUGAGGACGAGCUUCUGGGCCAGCUUGCUGCCAAGCAAGAAGAACUGGAUGCCAACGAGGCGGCGCUCAAGUCGACUAUGGAAGAGCUUAGAGUUACCCAGGAAGAGCUGGAAGGGAAGAAAGCUGAGCUGGCGGAGAAAUUCUCGGAGCUCGAGGCCCUCAAAGAAGAGCUGGCAAACACUAAGAGCGAACUUGAAGCCAAACAACAAGAAUGCGAGUCGAGGCAAAACGAGCUUGAACUUACUCGAAAGGACCUUGAAGAGACCAAGCGUCACCAUGAGGAGGAGAUUGCCUCCUUGAGAGACGCAUUGGAAAUCCAAACCAAUAGUGUCAAGGAAAUCAAGGAGCGUUUGGCCAACAUGGUCCUCGAACACCGCAGCCAAGAGGAGACCUGGCAGAAAGCUCGCGAAGGUUACGAAGCCCAGCUUAGCGAGAAGACCGAAGAACUGAAGCUCAGCAACGAGGAGAAGGAGGUGCUCGAACGAGAAGGUCUGGCGAAGGAGGAAAGACUCCAGAGCAUAGUAGAGGAGAUGCGCCAGACCCAUAAUAACCUGAACAAGGACCGAGAGAGAUUGAAGAAAACCCUACAUAGUCUUGGAGAAGCGACAGACAUGAAGAUGAAGGGGGACUCGUUCUUCAUUGAGUCCUUUGCCGAAUUGUCGCGGCUUAUCAUUGAGGUAUCCAAGACAUACUUCACCUACCUCCCUAUUGAGCCGCCGCCAGAUAUUCUGGCCAAGAUCCCAUCUGAUAUCCCGCAAUUUUUGGACAAUACCCCAGCAUCUCGAGAGCUUCGCGCUGCCUAUGUGCAGCACGUUAUCUCCAAGACCCUGACCUAUCGGAUCUUCCAGCCUUUCUUGUUUACUUUGGGAAGACGAUAUGAUAAGGCAGACACCUUUUUCCAGAUGCUUUCAAUCGACAUUCGUCGCAAGUCCGUCCGGCGCGAAGCCUUCUGGAGACAGCAGACACUUAAGGCAGCUUACACCACCUCCGACGCCAAGCAGGCCAUCAAUGUCGUUGCUGCUGUCAUCGUUGACGAGAUCGUUGACCAUAUCCGCCAUUUCACCGAUCCAACUCACCUCGACGCCCUGUUGACGAAUGUCCGAAAGAUCGUCAAGCUCGCAGCAGAAACAUGGCGAUUGGCUCGCGUUGAACGAGAGUUAAUCACAGCCACUAUGCCGUCAGCCGAGGAUGAGCAGACUGUGAACGAAGAAUGGGAAGAGUUCGACUAUGAGUCAAAUGCACCACUGCCAGGGGGCGAAGGCUCAGUUGAGCCGCCGCUGACACCAAAGAAGUUCCGCCGCCCUCUUCUCCGAAUGCUUCCUCGUAUCUUCCGCGGAGCUGUGCAUGAAGACUUCCUGUCCGAAGACGACCAUGAGAAGGCGUCUCCCUGCACGUACCUCCGGGGAGUUAUCUUAUACAGUGACUCUCCUUCCGUCUUGGCCAGACGGGCUGAGAUGUUCAAGAAAAAGCCAGAGGCGCCUGGAGUGAUUGACGAUGCAGAAGAUGCGCGACUACGAGCCGCAUCUGCCACUCCGCCUAACGGGUGCGGGAGGAGCCCUUCCCCGAAAAGCCCGCUUGGGAACCGAUCGCCUAGAUCAAGGAGAUCCAGGGAGAGGACCUUCAGCGGUGAUUACUAG